AUGGCUGGCUUCUCGUCAGUUCGUCCGGCCACGGCUUCACCCUCGGCCAUUUCGAAAGGCAUGUCAAAGGAACAGUUCCGCGACCAGCUCAAGGCAGCCAUAAGCAAUAAAUGGUUCAGCCCCCCGAACGUUCGCUGUUAUACCGCCGUCCGGGUUCUGACGAUUUCAUGGGACGCAGACGUGGAAUGUGGUCUCUGCAUCGGCUGGUACCCGAUGGACCUAGGCCAACUGUUCUUCGACAAGUAUAACUACUGGUGGGACCAUCUCUCCCUGGAAAACAACGACAGCGACCCCCAAGAGACCUUUGAGGAAAAGUUGAAAGAGGUAUUUAGCGAUAUGAACGACGAUUGCCUCGUCGUGAUCUAUUACGUCGGUCAUGGGAGAGAACAGCGCGGAACGCUGGUUCUUGAACCAAGUUCGGACGGCAGCAUAUUUCCUGGAGUCAACGGGCGCCGUAUAGAUUUCACAAAGGCUCAACACGAAAUCAUCAAUAUAGCCAAACCCCACGUCUUAACACUGCUCGACUGCCGUCACCCGCCCGUAGAGGCCUUGCGGACGCCCGGCAAGGAGAUUAUCGCCGCAUCCAUGGUUCCGCAGACUCCAUCGGCAAGAGAGAGACCAUUCAGCGCCCGUCUGAUCGAGGUUCUGAAAGACGAGGCCAAUAGAAAGUACAUCACAUCGGCAUCUCUGCUGUUCUCGAAGCUGGCCAAUAAGUUAUUCGAAACGACGAAUCACAAAGAGGACUCAAAUUUGUCGUCUCUUCCCGUUUUCUUUCCCAGCUCUCCGGGAAGUCCGUCUCCCGUCUGUCUGGCCCCUAUCUACGACGACGACGAAGAAGAGCGCUGGCGUCCUUCACCUCUGCUGAACACCGAGGCCGGACCUCUCAGGGUUAUUCUAGCCGCGGAUCUUUUCGACGCCGAGGACAUUUGCUCCGUCCCUGCGGCGUACGAGUGGUUGAAGGACCCGAUGAACCUGGGGCUUAAACCUUUCAACUCGUUUACCUUCUCGAGAGUCAGCAUUCAAAAGGUCCACGACACCGCAACCGGCACGCGGAUAGUUUUCAUGGUACCGUUGGAUCUGUGGGCGAACUUGCCGGAGAUGAGCGGAGUUUCCUUUCUCUCGUUCGACUUGAAGCGGAGGUCUCCCGACCCGGUGUUGGAAAAUGAGUCGGACGGCUGUGUGGGCAAUCAUCUAAAUGAUGAGUCUUCGUUCGCGGGUGGUCCAGCCUACGGCAUGACUGAUUUCGACGAAAAAGAGCCCGUAAAACGAUGUUGGGCACAGUAG